AUGGGUCCUCUCGAGCUUCCCGCUGUUUCUGCGGAAUUCGGCGGUUCGUUGAAUCAAGACGGCCUCGAAACGCCGUCGUCUCCGAUGCUCUUCUCGCCGUUUUUUCCCGAGGACGGUCUGUCGGCGGAGGGUGAGGGGUUUCUGGAUGGGUUGGCGCCGCUGAGUGCUUUUCACGAAAACGAAGAAUCUCCUCUUGCCGUUCCGAGUGACGAUCUCGACGAGCUGGAUGCGAUUCUCUUCCCAUCCCUGCCCGGUAGCAUGGCCAGCAUGGCCAGCAGCAGCAACCUCAGCAGCCCCGCCGCUCUCCCCCCGCCGCAGCAAUGCCACCCCUUCCACCAUCGCGACCAUCCGCGUCACAAGCACAAGCAUAAGCACAAGUACAAGCGCGCUCACGCGCUGAAGCAGAAGCACUCCCAACAGUUUCGCGACGCCCCCGUUUUUCGGCGCGACAGCGCGGCUGCGCGCAGAGCGUUAGAUCGCCUGCUGGCGGACGGCGGGAUCGCCGGCAAGCGAGCUCGCAGCGCGCGUGGGAGCACUCGAGGCGGUUGCGAUUGCGGCCAUGACGGUGCGACGAACGAGAGAUGCGCGGAAGGGAUCAUGCCGCUGGAGGGCCGCCCCGUUUGCGACGUUGGCGAGGACGAUAGCUGGCGAAGCGAAGGCAGACUGUUACACGUGAAGCGCGAAGGGGGAGUGGCGGAGACGUUGAAGUUUGAUCGCUUGGAACUGGUCGAGUCGACGCUGGGGCCAGUGGUUGAUCGCAUGAGCGAACCGAGGAACGUUGCGAAUGGUGCGAACGUUGCGAAUGGUGCGACCGAUGCGAACGUCGCGGAUGCCCCGAACCCUGCGAACGUCGCGGAUGUUACGACUCCCGUCGCGAACGCUGCAGCGAAUGGUGCGAACGAUACUCCGGCUGCAACGAACGGCAUUGACGGGCGAAGCAACGGCGGUGCCGCCGGCGGCGCCGACGAUCAUGUCGCGAGUCGACACGCCUUUUCGCAAAGCAGCAUAAAGACCGGCGAGUGUCAUUGCCGCGUUGAAGGAGGUGCUGCUUGCGCAGGCAAGAGCGAGGACAGCAAGAGGGUUAACAGUAAGCGCCCGUGGUCUUCCCCGCUCGUUGCGUAUCUCCUCUCCCCGCCUUCCCCUCGCCCCGCGAAGCGCCGAAGUCUCCUUGUCACGCCCGCGCCGUUGCCAAUUUCACAGGGAGAUUCACCCAGUGGUCUCUUUUCGCCGCGGAUGGAGACGAGUGUUUUCCGACUGCCCGCUGCCGCCUCCUCCUCCGCACCUGCUUCUACUCCUGCUCCCUCCGCCGCCGCCGCCUCCGCUUCCGCUGACGCGCUUGCUUCUCCUGGCGCUGCUGCUGCCGGCGCGUUCCCGUCGCGGCGGUGCUCGCACUGCUCGACAACCACAACCCCGCAGUGGCGCACGGGGCCGCUGGGCGUGAAGACGCUGUGCAACGCGUGCGGCGUGCGGUUCAAGUCCGGGCGCCUGUGCCCCGAAUAUCGCCCCGCCAACAGCCCUGGUUUCUCCCCGAAUCUCCACUCAAAUUUGCACCGGAAAAUCGUCCAGAUGCGGGAGAAACGCGGCGAUGAGGAUGGUGUGAGGGAUUGUAGCGCUGAAGACGGGGUUGGGGCAGGGGAGGUCGCGAGGAGGGAGGUUCAGGGUCUAAGGAAGAUUAAGAAGGUGAAGGAGUGUGUAGAGGGAGGGACGGUGGAGGGAGUGCAAGGGAGAUCUGGAAAUUUGGGUGCAGCAGUAGUGCAGGAGAAGGCCCCGGAGAGGAAUCAUGAGAGGGUUCAGGAAAAGGUUCAGGAGAAGGUUCAGGAGAGAGUGCAGGACCGCAUGCGCCACCUCGUUGCGCGGGACCCUUCCGCGGCCUUCGUUCCGCCGUCGCUCGCCUCUUCCGCCUCCGCCACGUUGCGCUGCCCGCAAUGCGCCGCGCCGAUAUCCGUCCCCCAGCCCACAACCCGCUCAACAGGCGCGGACUGCGCAGCAGUAGGCACCCCAGGCCACGGGGGAGCUUCCGCGCGGACAGGGGGAGGCGGAGCGGGGGGGGGCGGAGGGAUGAGCGGAGGAGGAUGGCGCAUGGCGCCUUUUAUGCGCGAUAGCCUUGCCACGCUCGGCACAGCCAUGGGAGGAACCAUCGCGUCCGUCUAUGCUUUCAAUGCAGUGAUGCCGCGGCUGGGCAAGCGCAUUCCAGGAUCCAGGGGACUGCAAUACCUAGUGGGGAUCCCGCCAGUGGCAGUGGCUGCCGCAGCAGGCGGAGGAGUGGGAGCCGGCACCCUCCCUGCACUGAUCCAGCUCUGCAUGUCGGCAUACUAUGUCACAUCCGCAUCAACACACGCUGCUGUUUGUGCGGCAGAGCAAAAGGUCAUGGCUGAUGCUAGUGGUGCUGCUGGUGCUGCUGGCGCUGCUGGUGCUGGUGCUAGCGGUGGCGCUGCUUCAACGAGAGAAGAG